AUGGGAGAGCAGCGUUCAACUGUGGUUCACAAGGCUACUAUACUAUGGCCUCUCAGGAAAGGCAAAGAUGUGCCUCCAUCCUUCAAGCACUUCUUCAGCAGCGCCGUGGCCCUCAGCUGCAUCAACCUUUCAGGAACCAAACUCCCUCCAGAGGCCUUGAAAGCUCUUCUGCUCGGUCUGGCCAGUAACCCCAACAUCAAGGAAGUGUCGUUAGACCUCAGCUGCUGUGAGCUCAGGUCUGGGGGGUCACAGAUCCUGGAGGGAUGCAUCGCUGAGCUCCCCAACAUCUCCAGUCUGGACAUCUCUGAUAACGGUCUGGACUCUGACCUGUCCACUCUGCUGGUGUGGCUGGCCAAGAAUCGAUCCAUCCGACACCUCUCACUGGGGAAGAACUUCAACAACAUCAAGUCCAAAAAUCUGGCCCCUGUCCUGGACAAUCUGGUUCAUAUGAUUCAGGAAGAGGAAUCGUGCCAGACAGUAUGA